CUCUGCCACGGCUGGUAAUUUCGCAACGUGCAUUAACGUGACGUGUGCAUGUGUUACAGAAAAAACAUUCUUAUCAAAAGCUAUUCUGCACAGCUGUCACAUCAGCUGUCACUGUCAGCGUUGACAUCGAGAUGAGCGCUACAAUUUCAGUUUUAGGUGCAUCCAUUUUAGCCCUACUGUUGGCUGGUUACCUUGGGCAGCAGUAUCUACCACCUCCUAAGCCAAGGAUUGUGGGCAUAGAUCUCGGCACAACCUAUUCCUGCAUUGGAGUGUAUCACGCUGUAACUGGUGAAGUCCAGGUGAUUGGUGCAGACCAGCAUGACACCAUCCCAUCCAUGGUGGCCAUCACUCCAGAGGGAACUGACAUCGUUGGCUAUGAUGCCUUAUGCCAAGCAGAACAAAAUGUUGUCAACACCAUAUAUGAUGCCAAACGGUUCAUCGGUAAAAAGUUCAGCCCAGAAGGAUUAAAGACAGAGGCUGCUAGAUAUCCCUUCAAGGUUAUUUUAGAAAACGAAAUGGCCAAAUUUGAAGUCAACUCGCAGGCUCUUACCCCGGAGGACAUAGGGUCACGCAUCUUGUUAUAUCUCAAGAAAACAGCAGAGCAGCAUCUUGGGUUCAGAGUGGACAAGGUGGUCAUGUCCGUGCCAGCCGACUUUGACGAGCUUCAAAGGAACUACACCAGGGCAGCAGCUCGUCUGGCUGGUCUUGAAGUCAUGCGGAUUAUUAACGAACCAACAGCAGCAGCCAUGGCAUAUGGACUGCAUAACCAGAAGGAUGCCUCGGAAAUCAUCGUGGUGGAUAUGGGAGGAGGAACAUUGGACGUCUCUUUACUCAGUGUAUAUGGUGGAAUGUUCCAGACAUUAGCCAUGGCAGGUAACAAUCAUCUGGGAGGACAAGAUAUCAACUAUCGCCUCAUGCAGUACUUCUCAGAUAUGAUUGCUAGGAGAUACGGGCAACCGGAACUGAGUGCAAGGGAUUUGCAGCGAUUACGACUUGCAGUUGAAGACGUCAAGCUCAACCUGACAAGCCACAAUUCCUCAAUGCUGCAGUUACCGUUACCUUCCAUAGGAGAUGAUGUGAUUUUCACAGAGAAACUCACCAGAAAGAAAUUUGAAGUCUUAAAUGAAGACCUUUUUCAGAAGGUGCUGCAACCAAUCCGACUGGUUCUAGAUGAGGUGGAGAUGACUCCUGCCGAUAUAGAUGAGGUAGUCCUCGUGGGUGGAUCCACAAGGAUUCCCCGAGUUCGCCAAGUUGUAGCGGAUUUUUUCAGUAAGGCUCCCAAUGUAGAAGUUGAUCCGGAGUUAGCUGUAGUGUAUGGGGUUGCAAUUCAAGCGGGGAUCAUAGGUGGUAUGUGGCCAUUGCAAGUCAGUGCAAUUGAGAUACACAAUCGUAAAAUCAGAAAGAUUCAGGUCAAAUAGUGGACCUGAUAUCAAGUUCUUAUAUUUGGGUGUUGUCCUGAAAACUCUCUGCCUACAGAUUUUGGCACGGCAUAGGAUACUUUGUGCGUUCAUCAUAAUAGACCCCUCUCAUAGACAGCCAUCUUUGUAGGCAUAUUGCAACUGCGUAUUCAACGACAUCAGGUGCGUAUACACGCAGUGUGCAAAAUGAUCUAAACGCGUGUAUGUUGCUCUAAAUUUCUUCGAAACACGGCGCAGCCGAUGAGCAUCAAAUUGGACUCCCAAAAUGCUGAUGGCAAUGUGUAUGCAGUGACGUCAUUUGAGAGAGAUCUAUUACAGUUAGUUGCCUGAUGGUCGCAUUAUAAGGAAAAAUUGGAAAGGAAUUUGUGCAAAGCCUAUUGCCUACUACAUGUACUAUCAACAAUGAAAAUAAUGGAUUUUUAAAGUGCAAUAUCAUUCGUUGAAAUUCUGUCGCGUAUGAAUAUAAAGUUUACCACAUUUGGAGGAAAGCAACCGUUAGCUGUGUACUAUGCAAGCCAUAAAUAAUACAGGUUGUUGAAUCGUGCAUAAAAUCAAUGUCUUUUGUGUGUUUUUCUUUCAUGAAAAGCUUUAUUUUUUAGCCACCACGAGUGGUUAACCCUGCUUGGGCUAACAAUAAGAUU